UGUCUAAGUGAGUUUAUCAUUGUCGUGUAGUCGAAUGUCACCCAUCAGUGAUGUCAGGGAGGGAUGUCGCGCGACGUUUUUGUCCAAGUUACUCUUCAUGAACCGCAUUUUGAGGCAUGGAAAUAGUUGAUGCCAGUUCGGUUGUGGAUGAGUAGGUAACAUAAAUGAUGCGGUGAUGCAGGGUGUGUACUAUUAUUAUGACUCUGACUUUACUAAUUAGGGCGGCUUAAACACUCCCUAAAGGCAACACACCGAUUGCGUCCAGAAAGAAAUUAUUUUAAAAAGAAAAGAAGUUUAUUUGAGAUUUGACGCGUCUAGAUCGUGUUCCUGCUCCUUGUCAAUUUAGUAACAUCACAGCGGAGCGCGUGUCCGUGACAAUCCAGUUAGAAAAAGUACAAAAAGUAGAUUAAAUCAUUCUUUUCAUAAAGCUAAAAGGUCUGGAUGGACAAGCUAAAAAAAAAAAAAAAAAGCUUAGACAACAAACAUGUAAAUCUAUGUUUCAUUUAAAUGUUCCCCUAAUAAAAUAAUCAACUUUAUAAGUGGAAGAGCAACAUUUUUUAAAUGUUGACGUUGUUGGACUCACCCUAACAGAAUGAAGGUGCAUGUGGCGUUUACGCACACGUUACGCAAGCCCCGCCCCUUUACCUGAAAGAGUAGCACCUGGAUCCAACGACGCGGAAGUCCGGCUGAGGUUGCUCCGCUUUGACAUCGCGGUGGUCAUCAGUUCUGCUUUGGGACAGUCGCUGUUGAAGUUCGAAACACUUUUGGAUAUGAACUGACAUGAAUAUUAAGUCGGUCGGAAGGGCGGUGAUGUUACGCACAGAGAGUGUGCCAGGUGAAGCUUUGUUUCCCACACUCUGAACACUGGCUUCGCCUCAAAAGAAUGACAUUCUUCCGCAGGCUCCUGCGCAGACGACUGCACCCAUGGAAGCUCGCCAUCGUGGCGCUGGUGUUCGUGACUUUCCUGUUUCUGAUGCAGCGAGAGGUGGUCAGUCAGAACCCCCAGGACGAACCCUGGCUCAAAGGGAUUGUGGAGAAACGGGAUGGCGUUCUUGGGAUGGUGAUUGGGGCGGUGAAUAACUUCCGGGACGCUAUGCCAAAGAUGCAGAUCAAAGCUCCAGUGAGGCAGCAGGAAAGCGAGGGCAGUCCGGCCUGUCUGUCCGGGUACUACACGGCCGCUGAACUCCGACCGGUCUUAGAAAGGCCACCGCAAAACCCCAGCGCCCCAGGGGCUUCUGGGAAGGCUUUUCACACUGACAACCUGGGCUCGUCAGAGCAGAAGGAAAAGGAGAGAGGAGAUGAGAAGCACUGCUUUAACUUGUACGCCAGUGAUCGGAUCUCACUGAGCAGAGACCUCGGCCCUGAUACGAGACCUCCAGAAUGCAUCGAACAGACGUUCAGGCGCUGUCCACCCCUGCCGACCACAAGUGUGAUCAUCGUGUUCCACAACGAAGCGUGGAGCACGUUACUGCGGACCGUCUACAGCGUCCUGCACACCUCCCCUGCUCUACUCCUCAAAGAAAUCAUCCUCGUCGAUGACGCCAGCGUUGACGAGCGACUAAAGGACGAACUGGACGAGUAUCUGAAACAGCUGCACAUUGUUCGCGUGGUCCGCCAGCGGGAGCGAAAGGGCCUGAUAACCGCCCGGCUCCUUGGGGCCUCCGUUGCGACAGGCGACACUCUCACCUUCUUGGACGCCCACUGUGAAUGUUUCCACGGAUGGCUUGAGCCGCUGCUGGCCAGGAUAGCGGAGAACUCCACCGCUGUAGUGAGUCCUGACAUCACCACCAUUGACCUGAACACAUUUGAGUUCAUGAAACCCUCACCGUACGGACAGCACCAUAACCGGGGGAAUUUCGACUGGGGCCUGUCCUUCGGCUGGGAAACCCUGCCGGAUCAUGAGAAACGGAGACGCAAAGAUGAAACAUACCCAAUUAAGACGCCAACGUUCGCAGGGGGAUUGUUCUCCAUCUCCAGAGAUUACUUCUACCAUGUAGGAAGCUAUGAUGAGCAGAUGGAGAUUUGGGGAGGAGAAAAUAUUGAAAUGUCCUUCAGGGUGUGGCAGUGCGGCGGGCAGCUAGAAAUCAUCCCCUGUUCAGUCGUUGGCCACGUGUUUCGCACGAAGAGUCCGCACACCUUCCCUAAAGGCACGCAGGUGAUAGCUCGCAACCAGGUGCGUCUGGCUGAGGUGUGGAUGGAUGACUUUAAAGAGAUCUUCUACCGGAGGAACCAGCAGGCCGCUCAAAUUGCCAAAGAGCACUCUUUUGGAGACGUCUCCAAGCGUGUAGAUCUCCGGGAAAAGCUCCAGUGUAAGAGCUUUUCCUGGUAUUUGAAGAACGUCUAUCCGGAGGUCUUCAUGCCCGAUCUCAAUCCGCUGCAGUUUGGCGCGAUAAAGAACGCCGGGAAGGAGGCCUGUUUGGACGCAGGAGAGAGUAAUGAAGGAGGGAAACCUCUCAUUAUGUACCCCUGCCAUGGGAUGGGAGGAAACCAGUAUUUUGAGUACUCAACCCAUCACGAGAUCAGGCACAACAUUCAGAAGGAGCUCUGUUUGCACGGGACCGAUGGAGCUGUCAAAUUAGAGGAGUGCCAGUAUAAAGGUCACAACACCAUCACUGGACCUCAGCAGAGAUGGGAGCUCAGAGAGGAUCAGCUGUUCUAUAACAAGGGCUCAAAACAGUGCCUGAGCGCUCGUCACGAGAACCCCUCUCUAGUGCCCUGCAAUCCAGCUGACAAAUACCAGCUCUGGGUCUUCACUUGAAUGGCAGGACCGCUGACACACACACACACACACACACACACACACACACACACACACACACACACAUACACACACACACACACACACACAGGGUCCAAAACUAACUUGUAGCCACAGCUGCCAAUGGGGAAAAAAUUACAUGCCAUACAUGAAAUAUUACAGGCCAUGAAUAUUUUACAGUAUUUUUUUAAUAUACACUACCAGUCAAAAUUUUGGAAACAUUACUAUUUUUAAUGUUUUUGACUCAUCAAGGCUGCAUUUAUUUGAUCAAAAAUACAGAAAAAACAGUAAUAU